CACAUUCGACACGCACAGACGGAUUUUCCUUUUUUCCUUUGGACAAUUUCUCUGCGAUUUUCUCGGAAGCCAAACGCUCUCAACGAUGGCCGAUCAGCUCACCGACGACCAGAUCUCUGAGUUCAAGGAGGCUUUCAGCCUAUUCGACAAGGACGGCGAUGGUUGCAUCACUACAAAGGAGUUGGGGACUGUUAUGCGUUCACUUGGGCAGAACCCCACUGAAGCUGAGCUUCAGGAUAUGAUCAAUGAGGUUGAUGCUGAUGGGAAUGGGACCAUUGAUUUCCCAGAGUUCCUUAACCUGAUGGCCCGGAAGAUGAAGGACACUGAUUCUGAGGAGGAGCUCAAGGAAGCCUUCCGAGUGUUCGAUAAGGACCAGAAUGGCUUCAUUUCUGCCGCUGAGCUUCGUCAUGUUAUGACAAAUCUAGGCGAGAAGCUGACAGAUGAGGAAGUGGAUGAGAUGAUUCGUGAGGCUGAUGUGGAUGGUGAUGGGCAGAUCAACUAUGAGGAGUUCGUCAAAGUCAUGAUGGCCAAGUGAGGAUUAAUUGACCAAAACUAAAGUUUAUAUAAAAACGUAAAAGGGAACAGGGCAGAUAAGUUCAAAAGAGAUUUUCGCAUCCCAUUAGGACAUGUUCAUUUGGUAUUGCUAGGUUUUGGUUGGUUCAUGUAUGCAUUAUUUGUGGUACCGUUCCUUUUAGUAUCCUACUUGUUUGCUGUCUCUUCAUAGUUCCUGUUUGGUAGUGUCUGUUACGAUACAUUGGUAUUUUGAUUCUUCUCUUUGAAAUCUAUUGGGUGAAUCUGAUAUUACUGCUUA